AUGGAUGAAAAGACUUUGAGAGAUGCAAAAAUGAGUCAUUUUUCCAACAUUUUUGACCAAUUUUGUCAAAUGAGAGAAGAAAAGAAAUUCUGUGACUUCGUAAUCAAAGUUGGUUCUGAAGAAUUUCAUGCUCACAGGUAUGUUUUGAGUUCGGCGUCUCGUUUUUUCAAAGCUAUUUUCUCCGAUGAUCCGAAAGUUAAAGAAACUGGCAUCUUAGAAUUGAACGACGUCCACCCAGAUGUCAUAAAAGAAUGCCUUGAUUUUACAUAUAUGAAGGAAACUCCCUUUUCUAGUGAUAAAUUUGAAGAAUUGCUCUACGUUGGUACAAGACUACAAUUGGAUUAUUUUUGUGCAGCCGUUGCUGGAACCCUCGGAAAAAAUUUAACACUCGAUUCAUUCCUUUUUACAAUGAGAAUGUCGAAAUUAUAUAAUAACGGAAAAAUUGAAGAUGAUUGUAACCAAUUUGCUGCAGAAAAUUUGAGAGAGCUGACAGAAUUGGAUGACUUUAAUUUACUUGAUGAAUGUUCCGUCACACAAAUUUUAAAAAUUAAAAAUUCUUACUUUACUGAAGAAUUAAGAUUACAUGCUCUUCUGAAAUGGACUAAAUUCGACGUUGAUUAUCGCGGAAAAUAUUUCGAAGAUAAUUGUCAAGAUAUUAUAGCUAUAGAAGAAAUACAUUGUGGAUACAAAAAAUAUCUCCUGCAAAAUGAAUCUCUAAUAAAUGGAAGAUCAUAUAGAUAA